UCCCAUCACCUCCACUAUCUCGUUAAUACUUGUAAUCCCAUCCUGGCCCAUAGUGCUAAUUGUUGCGUAAUGGCUUAAGCACGCUGAUUUCAGAUCAACCAAAUGGCAGCAUACGACGUAUUGUUGUACUACUUGCUUAACGUAAGCUCAGCAUUUUAUCUUUCGGCAGUUCAUAAUGCUUUAUACUUUGUAUUGGAUUGGCAUACUGCUGUGUUGCAUUUUUGGCAUUACUGUUUGACAUUCUGCUUCCUAUUGUUCUGCACAGUGAUAGGAACGCAACGAUGGAGUAAACCAUUACCAAUCACCCCGUUCAUACUACCGAUCACUACACAAAUCAUUAUCGUUCUACUUUCAAAUCAGAUACAUUCACAAAUACGCUCGGGUAGCUUAUACUUAUUAAGGCAUGUUUCCUAUUAUAA